AGGGUUUGUAUACAUGAACCAGUAUGGCGCGACUUCGAUAACCGAUCAUUUCUGAUUUCAUCCUCCGUCGACCCUUAGCAUUGCACGAGAAAACCCUAGUUUUCUACGAUGGUGAACUGGAGGAUUAGGCAAGAAUGGGAGGAAUACAAUCUCCAAAGCUCAUACGCUGACAAUCCAUGUAUGUUCUCGAUACGAUUGAACUAUGGUGGAGUUUUUACGAAGUUUCCAGGCCGCAAAUACAUAAAGGGGAAGAUGAAAUAUAUUGAUGGCAUUGAUAGUGACUUGUUCUCGGUGCAUGAUAUGGACGAGAUAAUGGAAUUGCUUGGUUGUGUGGAACCAGGUAAAAGUAUUUAUUAUCAUUUCAAACGACCAACCUGGGAUUUAGAUUUUGGGUUGUAUGCUUUGGGUUGUGACGAAGAUAUAAACCACUUUAGGUCAUACGUGUAUGAACACAAGGUGAUAGAAGUGUAUACAGAGUUUUGGGAAACCAAGCUCCAUACGUAUCAAAUGUCCCCAAACCCUGCAAAGAUAAAGAUACACGAAAUUCCUGAGUCCCUUUGUCGUAAAAGCUUGUUAUUGACAUGGUCAAAUUCAGGGGAUUGUCCUAGUGAAGAAGCCCCUGUUUUUGAGAAUGUAGAAACUAUGGACGAACCCCCUAGUACAUUACUUGAAACAACCUUGGAACAACCCCUUGUUACAUUGAGUGAAACAGUUGAGUCAACCCCUGCCUAUAUACCAAGAAUUGAAAGCCCUUUGACUGAACCAAUGAUAGGAAGCACAUGUCCUAAUGUUGAUGGUUGGGAUGAUACAUUUGAAUGGUGUGAACCUUUUGGUGGGACUCCUAUGGAACAAGAUGAACCAAAUAGUGAAAAAGCAGGUGAAGACAGUCAAGCUAGUAAAGACAGUCAUGAUAGUGAUGACACUGAAGAUAGUGAAUACAGUCAAGAUAGCGAUUACAUAGUUGAUGAAGAUAAUUUGUUAGAUGAUCCAGAGGUUGAUAUGAAGAACUUUCACCUCAACAUUGACAAAGAGGUGGAGUGGGUUGGAAGUUUUCCUGAUGAUCGAGAUGAAGCAGUAGAAGGUGAUGAAGAAUUAGAGGUUAUAAACACUGAAGAAUUUGUAUCUGCAUCUUCAUCAGAUGAGGGUGAAGCUAGUAAAAAAAGGAAGAAGAUAAGAGAUUUACGAAGAGCACAUAAGAAUGAAGCAGCUGCUGUCAAAGAUCCAUUUUACAUCCACCAGACUUUUAGCACAGCCAAGGAAGUUAAACAACAAAUUUAUCUUCAUUCCAUACAGAGUAGAAGGGAGUUAGACUUCGUCAAGAAUGACAAAAAUAGGAUUAGAGUGGUUUGCAAAGGGACAAUACCAAACCUUGGGAUAUUAGAAACAGGUGGGACCAGCAAAAGUAAUGACAAAGUGGGACCAAGUCAAAAGAAAAAGAAAGUGAAAGAUGGUUCUAUUCAUAAAUGCCCAUGGGUCCUACUAAUUGUUGACACAGUGGAGGCAAACCCAGAAAUACCACUUAGAGCAUUACGUGAGAUGCUUGAGAAGAAAUACCAACUUGGAUUGUCAGACAUGAAAGUUCAUAGGGCGAAAACGAAAGCCCUGGAAUCAAUUAGGGGAGAUUUUGCUGCUCAGUACUCAUGUCUAAGAGACUACUUACAAGGAGCAGGGAAAAGAGAUUUACUAGGGCUUGAUGGUGCAUUCAUGAAGGGUCCAUACCAUGGUAUGAUCCUGACAGCAGUGGGUUUAGAUGGGAACAAUUGCACAUACCCUUUGGCAUAUGCAGUUGUUGAAGCAGAGAACUUUAAUUCAUGGACCUGGUUUUUAACUAACUUAGGAGAUGAUCUUGGUUUGUAUGCAAACUCCAACUUCACUUUCAUAUCAGAUAGACAGAAGGGGUUAUUGCCUGCACUUGAGAAACUUUUCCCAGCAGCAGAGCAUAGAUAUUGCCUAAGGCAUCUUCAUGAGAACAUGAAACGUAAAUGGAGGGGCAAGGAAUUCAAGGAUUGUCUUUGGAAAUGUGCAACAUGUACCACCAUACCACAAUUCAACAGUGCCAUGGAAGAACUAAAGAAACUUAACAGUGAAGCAUAUGACUGGCUUAAUUCUAUUCCACCUAAGCACUGGUCCAGAUCCCACUUCUCAGGGCACAUUGUGAUGCUGUUGAAUAAUAUGUGUGAGAGUUUGAAUAGCAAGAUAGUGAAGGGUCGUGAUAAGCCAAUUAUCAGUUGCUUGGAGUUUAUUAGGGAGUAUAUCAUGAGGAAAAUUGUCAUGGUUCAAAAAGAAAUUGAUAAAGCUAAUGGCCCAUUAACUCCUACAGCCACUAAGACCCUUGAAAAAAUUAAAGAAAGGGCAGCACAGUGUAGGGCAGUGUUCUGUGGCAAUGGGAAGUACCAGGUUACAAGUGAAGGUACUAAUCAGUAUGUGGUUAAUAUGGACCAACAAACUUGUUCAUGUAAUAGGUGGGAACUGACAGGCAUACCCUGCAAACAUAGUAUAGCAGCUAUAUGGGAUAUGAGGCUCAACAAUGAAAAUGUUGGAAUACCUGAGACAUGGGUACACCCAACUUAUUGGCUCAAGACAUGGAAAGAAAUGUAUGUCUUCAAAGUUGAACCUAUUAAUGGGAGGUUAUUGUGGGAAAAAAGCACAUGUCCUACCAAGUUGAUACCACCAAAGUAUCGUGUCCCUAUUGGCAGACCAAAAAAAAAGAGAAGAAGAUCUGCAACAGAAGAUGAUGGAGUGUCCACAAAAUGGAAAUCUGUAACAUGCACAAAAUGUGGAAAUGUGGGCCAUAAUGGAAGGACCUGCAAGGGACAAUCACAGACUGGGAAUGGAACAGGAGAAGGUGCAGCAGGGAAUACAACAGGAGAAGGUGCAACAGGUAGCAGUGGUGGUGUACAAAAUGGAGUUGGGAACAAAGGAAAAAGCCCCAUGCUUUGA